GCGGAUCACUUGUACACUGUGGAACAGGCUUGGAUGACUGUAGGCUGAGUUUAUCAGUCAGUCGCCUCCUGCAGCUCUGCCUCUCGCUGACAGUCAGCCAGUAGCCACUGGAUCGUAGUUCACCAUACGAACAAGUCGGAUUUACAACCGAACUGAACUUCCGGAGUUAAAACAAACGACAUUGUAGUUGUUUCACGCCCCAAUGGAUACUGUUCAGAAAUUGGCGUCUGGAUUCUCUCUGGACCUGGGACCACUGAAAGAACCUCUUGGGUUUAUUCGUGUCCUAGAAUGGGUCUUUACCAUCUUUGCCUUCUCUACCACUGGAGGUUACUUUGGGACAACCCACUUCACAGUCAAAUGUGGAGACAAGGAACCACAGGAUGUUAAGGCUGCGUUUGCAUACCCAUUCAGGUUGUCAGCUUACCCAUAUAAGAUACCAUUGUGUAAUGGUGGCCAAUCCAAUGAGACCUACCUGCAGGGAGACUUCUCCUCCUCAGCAGAGUUCUUUGUGUGUGUCAGCGUAUUUGGGUUUCUUUAUUGCACCGCCACGCUAGUCCUCUACCUCGGCUACCAGAAUGUCUACCGCCAGACCACCCGCGGCCCCAUCAUUGACCUUGUGGUGACCGCUGCCUUUGCCUUCCUGUGGCUUGUGUCCUCCUCAGCUUGGGGCAAAGGCCUGACUGAUGUCAAAUGGGCCACUAACCCUGAGCACUUAGUGGAGUCAUGCAAGGACAUCUGUCACCCCGGAGAGUUUCCUUCCAUGGGCCGCCUCACUGCCUCUGUGAUAUUUGGCUUCUUGAAUUUGAUCCUGUGGGCAGGUAACUGCUGGUUCAUUUACAAAGAGACCCCUUUCCACAAGGAUCCCAACCCACCGGUCACCAUGGAGGAAGGGGAGGCGCCUAACCCACAACAAUGAGGGUCCUCAGGCAUUGGCCUGCACCCACAGCUGAAAAGCUUUGUGCCCAACACUGGUCUCUCGCAGUUGUGAUUUAAAAAUCCCCCAAUACUUGUCAAAAAGAUUUGUCAAUUAUAAAUAGCUAAAGUUAACCUCAAACCCAGUGGCUGAAAAAUCUUAAACCCCAUAAACCCCGUGCCUUGAAAACACUAAGUGUGAAUACAAACUAAGUACUUAACACUAUCUACCACAAGACUUUAUGUGAAUUUAGCCUGAAACCUAAACUGUAUGUAAGUGGUGUUCAGCAGAGCAGACCUGUAUAGUAUUUUUGCUUUAACAUCGUCUUCCCUUGAUAUCUGCUCUUCAGGGAGCCACCGAGUGAUGAAAUUGUGAUGUAAGAACAUAUAAUCUCUGCUGGUCCUCUUCUGGAAAAGGCAAAGGACUAAUAGAAGUUGAAAUCAAACAAUUCUCACAUCCAAUAAAAUCAGUUGUUGCGAUAAAAAGCAAAAUCCAGAAUACAUGAAUUAUAUGGGAUUAGAUGCACUUUGUGGUUUCUCUCUUGAGCAGGAUUAUUGUAGGCCCUGCUCUUUUUGCAUUCAUUUAUCUGUAAGAGCCAAUGCUACAGUACAGAUUCUAACUCCUUUAUUUCAAUUUCAAUAAAUGACUCAGCCUCAAGGUCAAAAUAUGUUGUAUGCUCUUUUUCCUUCAGUUAUAGAACCAGCUGAAACGACAGGCCUGUUAGACAACCAGACUAAGAAAAGUGCUGAUUGACAGGUAUAAAGGAGUGUAACUGUCAAUUUAACAGCCAUAACAUGCCCCCACCUCUGAGUCCUGUGAGAAACACUGCAAUAUGUUAGAUAACCACAUAUUUGUUAAACUUCCAAUUCACUUGGAUUUUCCUUUGCUUUAAAUAGAAAACACACAAACAUGGAGAACAUCACACAACAAUCUGCUUUACCUCAGGAGGGGAAGCAAAGCUUUUGACUUUUGAAAUGGUUAUUUUCAGUGAUGUUACAGCAUUUGCCACACUACUGUGUCCAGGCCAAGGCAGGCUCUCUACAUGUUUACUCCCACAGCUAGUGUACUGAUGUCAGGUUAAACCUCAUUUAGUUCCUGUUAGUUCAAAAUGUUAUAUUUAAACUACUCUGUAACAGUAAGGCUCCCCCUUGUUUGCAAAACGAGACUUUAUUUACAUUAUUAUAUACAGGUUAUUUGUAUUCUUUCUACAUUAUUUGGUCUGUUGUAUUUUUUUAAAACCACUGUUGGGUUUCUGUUUGUAUUCCCCAAUGAAAAAUUAUCAGUGUGCAACUUUUUUUUCCCUUUAAUUUUUGGUGAUGUCACAUUCAUUGUACCAUUGUGUGUCAAAAGGGGCAAGAUGUGGUUGCCAGAUUGAUGUAAUCCUGCUGUAUUUCUUUAUUACUCCUUCACCUAUUUUUUCUGUACAUGUAACUUGCAGCAGUGCAGUACAUAGUACUGGUUUUCUAUUGGAGUCCUAUAGCCUUUCUAAUGAAGAAUGUCAGUGUUUAGGCAUGAGGAAAAACAAAACAAAAUCAUGCCUGACCCUAACACUACAAUACUAUAUUGAGUCACUGUUGACUCAGAGGGCCUUAAUUACCCUUAUGAAGUAUAUGUGCAUUAAUAGAUCGAACAGUGACUCAUAUGGAAACUAUCUGUGCAGCUGUAUUAUUUCAUAGCCUGUGGAAUGUAUGAGGGACUGUUCGAGGCACUAUAAGUAAAGUAAUAUAAUUCCACAUCAUAUUUACAUUGAAUAUAUAUAUAUAUAUAUAUAUGCUUAAUCAAUUUUAAAAUAGACUUUUUACUUUUAGUAGAGCAGGGUGAUAUACUGAUGCUCACGUUAUGUUUAUUGACAUUUGACUUAAUUUAUUUUAUGCCUUGUAUGUGCUAAAGGAAAAAAUGGUUGGUCUGUAAUGAUAUGUAAAACAUGAGCGCUGCAACUGCUGGAUACAGUCUGCUUUCUUAAUUACAUCACAAAUGAAUGAGAGUCUUUUGAUCAUCCACACACAUGAUUUGCAGUAAUAGCAAUACUAGACAUCAACAAUUGCUUUUUAUUAAAAGUUACAAUUCAAAGAGAAGAUUUUCACAAUACAAUGUUUACCUUAAUAUCAAUUUAAUAUCAAAAAUGUAUUUCUUGGAUAUGUACAAUAAGCAUUUUCACUUCUAACUUAAUUACAACUUGUCAACUAUUACCCUUUACUUCUACUCAAACUCAAUCAAAGGUAUCUGUAAAUAAUAAAUACAUAAAUAAUUUGCCUAACCGCUCACGAUAAAUGUCAUAUCGUUUUCAACAAUUCAUUUAAACUAGUAGCAAUGCUAAAUAUAAAUAUCUACAAUUGCUCUUAAAUCACAGAUGUAAGUGUAAUUCUAGAUAUCUAAACCUAUAUUUACUUGCAAUUGUAACUAGUAAUUUAGUUUCUAGUAACAUGAAAUUUCAGAUAUCUGAAAUGUAAUGGUAACUACUGGAAAGUCAGGUCAUAAUACCAAUUAUAUUUAAGAUGUCUACAUGAUAGAAUUUUUAGAUAUCAAACAACACAAUUCCACCAGUCAGAAUUGCAUAUCUUUAAUAACAAAUGAAUGUGGAAGAGUACAUCUCCAAAAUACAAUUUUAACAUGUCUAAAUUGUUUUAGAGAUAUCUUAUUGAUUCAUAUUUUUAAUUAUUAAUAAACAUUUGGUGUUGUAAGAAUGACAGCUUGAUAUGUCAAAAGUAACAUACAAGUUAGGCCAACAAAUCCGAAAGGAUUUACUAUGUCAGAUCUAUAAGACUUUGCAACUGUUGAUAUGUGAAUUGGAAAAUGACAUAUCUAUUAUUCAAUUCAUUUUUUAUUCAAUUUUGUUUGCAUAGUCCCAAAUCUCAAGGCAGUAAUGUCGAGAUCUUACAAUAUUAUAGAGAAACCCAACAGUUCCCACACCGACCAAUUACUUUGACAACAGGGGAGAGGGACAGAGAGAAGUGCUCAAUGAAUGAUGGGAGUUCCCCCAGCAGUUUAGAUAACUAUAUCAUAACUAAGGGAUGGUUCAGGGCUCACCCGAGUCAUAACUAUAGGCUUUAUCAAAGAAACGUUGUCUACCUCCAGAACCCAAACUGGGAGUGGGUUCCAGGAGAGGAGCCUGGUAGCUGAGGGCUCUACUUCUCGUUCUACUCUUACAGUACGGAGCAAAAUUUAUGCCAAAACUUAUCAAACAAACAAUGUUUUACAAAUUCCCCACCUUUCACUUACAAACACUGUGAGGUUUGCAAAUACAAAACCCAAUUAACAAACCAAUGCAUUUAGUUUCACAAAUACAAAAUGCACUUGACGAACAAGUACACUUCAUAUUUCUAAUAAGUAAUGCUUCAUCAUUUCAUGCAAGUACAAAAAGGAAAAUCCCACAAGGACAAAAAAAUGUGUCCUACAUGUACUAAAAAUACAUCUGAAAAGUAGGACACAAAAAAUCACGUGACUUUUGUCACGAUUUUUCCGCUGUUGUGUCAUGCUAGGUAAGUGUCCUGAAUACUUCUCCUUCCAGGCCACAACAGCAGGUGGCACUGUGAGCCAAUUUACAGGCACCAGGAAGUCAAGAGUCAAGAGAUUGAACCCAAGUGAACGUCACCGCCACUAUCAGACAUGACGCGUGCAUUUAUGACAGUAUCCAGAGGCAGACAAAUGAGAGAAAUAAUAUUGUGUAAUGUAUAAUUCCUCACUCCCUCAAACAUGUAUUUCCCCCUAGCCUGGUAUUUGUCAUAUGAAAUCAAUGCUUUUUUUCUGUUUUUCAGAUGAAACAUUGUUACUAUUACGUGUAACAAACUGAUAAUUUUAAAGGGUUAAAAUAAUGAAAAUAAAUGAAUAAUUGGUAUUUUCGAACAGGACUAAAGUUAGUUACAAAAACUGUGUCAUUUGAAACGAAAAAAUAUGAAUUUAUAGUAAUUUUAUAGCAGUUUCAGGGAGGGGCAUAUUUUCCCUUACAGUAAUGAGAGGAAUUUUUCUUUUAAAUGUGAUACUACCUGAUACUACACAAAAACAAUAAUGGUUUAAUAAUAAUUGUUAAUAAUUGUUGCUUAUCAGUGACUAUAUGCCAGGCUGUGUUAACCCUCCAAAAGAAAUCCCAUUAUCAUGUUGUAUAUGGAAUAUUAUAUAUUAAUGUUAUUUUUACAUAGAAAUUGUGGUAUUAUGUAAACAAACUGGUAUUUUAUGGGUCACUACAAUACUGAAAAUAAAUGAAUAUUUGGUAUUUAU